AUGGCGCAAUCUGGAUCCAGCAGCUCUCAUGACUCUCGUCAAGAGAACAAUGGUCACCUCACGGGUGCUCUUCGUGAGCAGCUCAACAAUAACCACGUAGGAGAUCGCCGCGAGGGCGAUAUCCGUAGCCAACUCAACAACAACCACGAUGGGGGUCGUGCUCCCCUCCUAGUGAACGCUGCUCCCAUCCAAGCCUCGGACCUCCAAGCAGCGGUGCAAGUCAUUCAACAGGCGGUGGCGACGAUGGCCCUGCUAGUAGCAGGGAUGCAAGGUCAGGCCUCACCACCGCCACCGCCUCCUCCAGAGGUGGAGGUACAAUCUCAAGCUCAACUGCCACCGCCACCGCCUCCUCCAGAGGCUCCAGGGGUGGAGCUAGAAGAGCUCGAGAGAAAGGUAGAAGCAAGAGAACAUUCACCAGAACCUGAAGUUAGGAUGGCCGCUCCAUUUUCUCCUAGUAUAAUGGAUGCGCCCCUCCCAAGGGAUUUUAGGUUGCCCACCAUCAAGGCCUACACUGGGACUUCUGACCCGCGUGUCCACAUGACAAGGUACAAGGCAGCCAUGGAUAAUUGGGCAUCCGACCCGGAACCACUAGCAGGACCCAAAGGCAAGACAACUGUCGUUCAAACUAGCCAAGACACCUCACUCCUCGGCAUCAAUGCUUAA